UUUUGUAUUUGGUGUAGGCUCAUAUGGCUCAAGAUGAAGCUGUAAUGGUCAGAAUGGCAUAUGCUGAAAAUAUAGCAGUUUUAGCAGAAACAGCUCUAUGCUUUUUGGAAAAAGUCCAGUUAGAUGAAGAGACAUUGAAUGUUUCAUCAGAGACAUCUACCAUUCAGAGUCAUCACAACCAGGCUUCUUAUGACACUGAGCUGCAGGCAUUGCAUGAACUUGUGCAGCAAAGUGUGUCCACCCUACUGAGUGAUCCAGAAAAUGCUGUGAAACAAAUGUUACUGGAGAAAGGAAUUACUCAGCUGUGUGUCUUCUUUGGGCAACAAAAAGCCAAUGAUGUCUUGCUUUCCCACAUGAUUACUUUUUUAAAUGAUAAGGUAAGAACAUUUGGUCCGUACAUUAGCACUAAUCCUGGUGAAAACAAUAAACAUGGUGUGACAUGGGUCAUAAACACCACAGGUUUGGCUGACACCGAAGAGUUUGUUAUUAGCAAAACUCUAACAGCUAUGACAGAUCUAGCAGAACUGGGCCUGUUGCAGAAACAGAUGUGUUAUGAGCUAGUUCAAGAGACUAUUCCACUUUUGUGCCAUCCCAACUUAUGGCUCCGGCAAGGAACUGUUGGGUUUAUUUGUGCUGUGGCUAGAACACUUAACCUUGCUGAUGUUCACUGUAAAUUGGCACCACUUCUUCAACCAUUUCUUCAGCAACAGAUUAUACAAGUUGACCAAGAGGUUGUCUUGUUAGAUGCUGUGAAAACUCCAGUAUCACGAGUCAUGUUUGACUACCUUGUGAAGCUUCCCAAUCUUCCCAUGUUACUGGAAAGUCUGAGAGACAGACAGAUUCUCCGAUCUAUAAUACGCAGUGGCCAUCAACUUGCAUAUGGAGAUAUGGAUGAUGGAUUAAAAUCAGUUUAUCGCCGUUUACAGUCAGAUGGACUGACUGAAGUCAUUGAAGAUAAAAUAUUGGCUAUGAAAGACCAUUUGCUGAAGAUCCACAAAGCCAAAAGCAGUCUCAUGGAUUCAAGAAUGUCUUUAUCAAAGGAAAAAGAUGGAGUGAUUGACCUUACAGCUUAUAAUAACCUUGCUUAUAAUUGUCAGUCUGUGGACCUGGGAGUAUUAGAACCUGGUGUUGAUGUCCAACAGCUAUCACAAAAUAGGUGCGAGGUAUCUUUAUUAAAUCGCAGAGUAAUUGGUCACGUGCCAAUGAAUGCAUCAUUUCACAUGGAGGAUCCAGGCAGAGUAAUUGGUCACAUGCCAAUGAAUGCAUCAUUUCACAUGGAGGAUCCAGGCAGAGUAAUUGGUCACAUGCCAAUGAAUGCAUCAUUUCACAUGGAGGAUCCAGGCAGAAAUGAGGAGUGGCAACACAUGUUUGGAACUACAGACUCCAGAGGACUGUCACCUGCUAAACAAGAUCCAAGCGACAUAACUUUAUCAACUUCAACCAAACAUGAUCAAGCUUCCAGUGGGAACACUGCACUACCUUGUGUUCCAAUGCAUCAGAACUUUGUUGAUUCAGCACCACAUGGAGCUUCAUCUGCACAAUGUGCUGGACGAAUAUCUCCUGCUCCACAUGAAAUAGCUUCAUUAACAUAUCAGUGUGUACCCUGUAAGCAGGAAUUGAAUUUACUAAUCAAGAAAAAACAAGAUGAAAGUGCAAGAGAGCAUCUGAUCAUAGAAGCUAGUGAAAAUAUGGGAAAAGAGGAUGUUUCUCCUCCACAUAAGUGGCAUCCUCAAGGAACAUUAGUGGCUCAUUUACAUGAACACAGAGGAGCAGUAAAUAGACUUCAGGUAAUACCUAACACAUCAUUGUUUGCUACUUGUUCAAAUGAUGGAACCGUUAAGAUCUGGGAUGGAGGUAGAAUGAUCCAGGGAAGGAAUAUAGCAAAUCGAUCGAGACAAACUUACAGUAGAAUGGAUGGUCAAGUGAUAAGUUUGACAAGCUGCCACAAUCUUCAAUCUUUAGCAGCAGCAACAGACACUGGGAAUAUUCAUGUCUUCAGCACUGAUGAAGCUGAUGAUAGAACACAGAUAUGUAAAUAUGAAGGUAAAAGUAUUGUCAGCACUGAUGAAGCUGAUGAUAGAACACAGAUAUGUAAGUAUGAAGGUGAAAGUAUUGUCAGCACUGAUGAAGCUGAUGAUAGAACACAGAUAUGUAAGUAUGAAGGUGAAAGUAUUGUCAGCACUGAUGAAGCUGAUGAUAGAACACAGAUAUGUAAAUAUGAAGGUAAAAGUAUUGCCAGCACUGAUGAAGCUGAUGAUAGAACACAGAUAUGUAAAUAUGAAGGUGAAAAUAUUGUCAGCACUGAUGAAGCUGAUGAUAGAACACAGAUAUGUAAAUAUGAAGGUAAAAGUAUUGUCAGCACUGAUAAAGCUGGUGAUAGAACACAGAUAUGUAAAUAUGAAGGCUUAAUUACAUCCUACUGUGUCGAUCCUCAUAACUGUUGGCUUGUGGUUGGGACAUCCAGUGGCAACUUGGUUUGUUGGGACCUGCGUUUUCAGCUUCCAAUUACUACUGUAACUCAUCCAACAGGGGCCAGAGUAAGACGCCUGUUGCUUCACCCUCAACAGCAAUCUUCUGUUUUGUGUGCAGUGAGAGGUAACAAUGAGGUAUCCUUAUGGGACUUGGAGACUGGAGCUCGCCAGCUCACCCUGUGGGCAAGUAAUGCACCUCCUUUGUCUCAGACUCAGGCCACUAACCAUGCCAUGUUUGGUAUGUAUCUAAGUCCAAUGGAAAGUGGGUCUUUCCUUCUGACAGCUGGCUCAGACAUGAGGAUAAGAUAUUGGGAUCUAAAUUAUCCUGCUGACUCGUACAUUGUGGCAGGAGCUGCUAAUGACCCUCUUAGUCCAACUGUCGUUAGUUACAGGUCACGGCUCGUAGACGGAACUGAAGUUAUUCAAGAAAUGUACACAAGACCACGGACAUCAUCAACAGAUGAUCCUCCAAGGCGUUGUCCAGAAAUGCCUCCAGCAGGGCAUCAUGAUUGCAUUAGUGACCUAGGAAUCUUUCAGACUUCACAGUGUUUUCUUGUGUCAGCUGCCAGAGAUGGUGUGGUCAAAUUGUGGAAAUGAUGUCAAGAGAGGUAGAAUGUUAAGACUGUAUCCUAAAUAAGUUUAUUUUCUAAUUCUAUAUGAUAAGGAGCAAUACUAUAUUCAGAACUUCUGCUAACUUUCCCAUGAAGAACACAGAAAGUAGCACUUUUAAUGUAAUUAUUAUGCUCCUAAACUGUAAAGAUUGUGUUGUUAUUGACAGAUCACGUUUUUCUUAUACAUGUGUUAAUAGUAGUUUGAAGGCUUGUUAUUGAUUAAUUUGGUUUUGAAUAAGGGAAUGAUAAAGGUCAAAUGUGCCUACAUAUUUUUUCAUUACUAACAAUCUAUGUUCUUUAGAAUGAUUUAAUUCUUUACAGUGAUUAGGCUAAUACAAAUAUUGAAAACUUUCACAAGAAUACUUCUUAUCAGUUAGAUAAGGUGCAUUCUCUGUGACAAAACUAACUUAGCAGAAUAUCUGCAUAUAGCCAUUGUUGCUUGAGUGCACGACAAGAUAUUGAACACAAUGUAUGUUUUCUUCUUUUUCAAAUAAUACUCUGAAGUAGUACAGUGUUUGAUUGUUAAUACUAUUUACAUAUGCUAGAAAUAGUUUAUACAUCUUAGAGAUGGAGUAAUAGUAGCUUGUGUGACAUAAGCUCUGCUCUUGUGUUUUAUUGGGGUGAGCAUGCGUGCUUAAAGCAUCUUAUAAACUAUAAUACAGUUAUUUCACAGGACCUAUCUUUACACAAUUUGGAUGGCUUUUACAUUGAUGUGAAGUUGUUAGUACCCCUUCCCAUGUUUAUACAGUGUUGUACCUGGCAUGCAGUUAUUAUAUGCCAAAUAUGUUUCACUGGCUACUUCUGUAUUUGACAAGAGAGAUAUUAUCAGAUAAUUUUUAAUUCUUAAACUGAUCUGGAUACUAUAUGUACAUACCUAUAUUGUUAAAGGAUUGUCAAACUGGAAGAAAUUUGUCAUAAAGCUAGAAGAUAUAUGGACCUUUGUUUAUUAAUCCUUUCCAGCUCAUUAUCUCGUGAAUUUCCUUUGUUUUAUAAGAACUAAUGAUGAAAUUAAGCUAGAAACAUUUUUCCUCAAAUUGCCUAAAAAAAUAAUGUAUAACUGAGAUUUUCAGAUUUAAAAUUUUGUUUUGAUAUACAUUUUGUUAACAUUUGUUCUGGAUAGAGU